AUGAUCACCACCGCACUCUCAGAAGCCUUCGGCCAAUACACCCUCAAACCCCACCAGAUUGUCCCUCUCGACUUCCACUCCGUCGACACCUUGCCGGAAACCCACGUCUGGCCGCCGCCGCCGGGCCCCGAACUCGUGAACACCGCCGCCGGAGACGGGCAGCUGGUCUUCCCGGUUCCGGUCAUCGACUUUUCGGUCCCCGAGGAUUCAUCAGGGAAGCUAAUGGUGGAGGCUUGCGAGACGUGGGGCGUGUUCCAGUUGGUCAACCACGGGAUUCCCUUGGAGAUUCUGGCCGCCGUUGAGGCGCAGACCAAGCGGCUUUUUGCCCUUCCGGCGAGCCGGAAGCUGGAGGCGCUGAGGUCUCCGAACGGGGUCAACGGGUACGGGCAGGCUAGGUUUGCGUCGUUGUUCGAUAAGAACAUGUGGAAUGAAGGGUUCACCGUCAUGGGCUCGCCGGCCGACCACGCUAGAAAGCUCUGGCCCGAUGAUUACCAAGGGUUUUGCGACGUCAUCGAGGAUUAUCAAAAGCGCAUGAGGGAACUCGCCGCCAGACUCCUCGGCCUAAUCCUCCGGUCAGCCAACACGCCGGCGCAAGAAAUCCGGCGGAUCUCGUCACCAUCCGCCACCAUGACGACACUCCAGCUCAACUCGUACCCGCCGUGCCCCGACCCGACCCGAGCCAUGGGCAUGGCUCCCCACACCGACACUUCCUUCCUCACCCUCUUAUACCAAGGCGGGGUGAAGGGGCUCCAGAUUUUCAGCGACCGCGGCGGCGGCGGAGGUGGCGGAGGGUGGGGCAUGGUGGAUCCGGUCGACGGAGGCAUCACGGUGAACGUCGGCGAUCUGCUUCAUGUGGUUUCCAACGCCCGGUUUCACACGGCUCGGCACCGGGUGGUGCUGAGGGAGGCCAGGCAGAGGGUGUCGGUGGGGCUCUUCUUUGUCCCCACGGCGGACUGCGUCUUGUCGCCGUUGGCGUGCGGCGGCGGCGGCGGGGAAGGGGAAGUUUGUCGGUACCGGGCGGUGUCUGUGAAGGAGUAUAUAGGGCUGAAGUAUAAGGGUUUCGAGACCGUGCUUUCUGCCAUCACAAAAUAA